AUGCAACCUGGUGAACAACAACUCACGUCUCCGUCUCUACUUUCUUCUCCUUCUCUUUAUUCAUCAUCAUCAUCAUCAUCAUCUUCUUCUGCUUCUUCUUCUUAUUCGUCUUUUAGUAGCAUCUCUCCCUUCAUAGCUACCCCACGGCCUUCUGAAGAAGAAAGAGAAGAAGAAAAACAGAAAGAAGAUAAAAAAGAAGUUAAAAAAGAAGUUAAAAAGGAUGAAGAAGAAGAUAAUGAGAAAAAAGAAGUAUCAGGAAGAGAGAAAGAAGCAGCAAAAACAAAUCAAGCAGCAGCACACACAGAUAACGAAGCAAAGAAAGAAAAGCAGAAGCAGCAACCGCAGCAGCAGCAGCAGCAGCAACAGCAGCUGCAGCAGCAGCAACAAGAAAAAGAAGAAGAAGAAGACCACCACCAACAGCAACAGCAACAGCAACAGCAACAGCAACAGCAACAGCAGCAACAGCAGCAACAACAGCAACAAGAAGAACGAGAAGAAGAAGAAGGAGACAUCUGGGAGAGAGGGCUUCCACCUGUCUCUGCAGCAGCAGAGCCUGAUUAUACAUC